UUUACGCCUCGGGAUGAAACAUAUAAUAGUACAAUCGAUUGCAAUACUUUUUUUCACGUUGGCCGCUAAAGUGUUAACAGUAAGAAUAGAUACUAACAAUUAUUUCCGACUGAUCAGUGAUGUCCACAAAUAUUAUCACACUUCAUCUGUUAUUUUCGUAAAAUCGGACAGUUAUCACGAUUUAAACAUGACGACAUUGGUGCACACCUGGUCACGUGAGUUUUCACGACAGCGGGUCAUGUCCGUGACCAUUACCUUUUCGGAUAUGGUGAACGAGUACAAUAGGUACCAAAAGACCAUCGUAAUGCCAUUAUUUGUCGUUCUUCUCGACACCAGAGAAGCCAUGAGUGAAUUUGCUAAAGCGACAAGGAAUAUAAAGCCUAUUUCUUUUCCCACCUGGUUCGUGAUGUUCCUUCAGCAUCCUGGGAAUCCGCUCGAGAAGUACUGCGAACAUCCCACGGAUAACGUAUUCAACGUGGAUUUCAGCACUCUCAUGCUGGUACUGUGCUACGAUCAUCCGAUCCUGGUCGAGUGGUACGCUAUUCGUGAUAAUCACACCAGAACGUUCGAACUAGCCACGUGGACCGCUGAUAAAGGUUUAAUUUUGAGGACGCAGAAAAGCCUCUACGCUAGACGGAACAAUAUGUUUGGUGACGUUAUGCGGGUGGCGUACGUGGAUGAUUCACCGUUUUUCACGAUGAGAAACGGCAAAAUCAACGGAUUUCUUGGACUGCUGAUGGUAGAGCUUAGUAAAGUGAUGAAUUUUACAAUGAAGAUUCUGAAUCCGGUAAAGGCGUACGGCAGCUGGAGUUAUACACAGAAUAUAUGGACCGGUGCAAUCGGUCAACUGGUAUUCGACGAGGCCGACAUUGGCGUUUCUGAAUUCACCAUUACGUCUGGCAGAUUAAAUGUCGUCGAUUUCACAUUGCCGUUGAUGCUCUCGCGAAAUUGCCUCUAUUUUAAAGAACCCAGCGGUUCCGAUGUGCCAUGGUCUGGAUACUUCAAGGCAUUUAGCUCUGACAUUUGGAUAACGUUAGUGGUGAUAAUAAUAACUGCUUCUAUUCUAUUAACUAUUAUAAAAGCAAAAGGAUUCUCGAUAAAUGUAAUAUCAGAGAGUUAUAUUAAUGUUUGGGGUAUUUAUUGCCAGCAGGGUUUGUCAGAAUUUCCUAAUAAAUCGUCAAUGAGAUUAGCUUUUUUCUCGAUUCACAUCUCAUCGUUGAUAAUUAUGGCUGCCUAUUCUGCCUCGUUGAUCAGCUUCCUGACGCUCACUACGACUAGCUUGCCUUUCUCCACUAUGGAGAGUUACGUUAAGGAUGGUUCUUAUAAAUUAAUCGUUAUGAGAAAUAGCGCUGAAUAUGAUAUGCGCACGAGUACUUAUCUCAAAGACCCCGUGUUUCGAAAAAUGUACGAUUUAAUGGUGAAGAAAGAGCAAUUGCCGUUAACAUUAUCAGAUGGAUUCAAACAACUAUGCGGACAGAAGAAAUAUGCAUUUUAUACCACGGAAGUAUUUAGAAACGCUUUAAACAUUUAUGUACCAUGUAAAGUCCUGCAGAUAGAGAGCGGAAAAAGUGAUAGCUUGGCAUUAGCUUUAAGGAAGGGAAAUCCUUACAUCGGUUUAAUAAAUUAUUACUUGCAGCAAUUUCAAGACAACGGUGUUAUGAGAAAGUUGAGAGAUGGAUAUCUCUUAAGGGACAAUCCAUCGGUGACUAGAUACGACGCGGUCAAUUUAAAGGAUAUAGCGUUGACUCUAACGGUAGUGACAGGUGGUAUAAUGCUGGCACUGUGUGUUUUAAUCAUCGAGAAAACGUAUUAUACUUUGACUUCUCGAUUUAAAAAUAGCAAAUCUUUUGUUAAUAAUUCGAGUCUACGAUUCGAAAAAACAAAUAACAAAAAUAAUCUGAAUAAUAUGAGACUAAUCGGAUAUUUGCCAUGAAAUUAUUAAAACCUCUCAAGU